AUGUCUGAAACGGCACAAGUAACUAUCACCUCAAAAAUCCUUCGUCCAACGCCUAGUUCGACUCAAAAGGAAGAGGACGUUCCCGGUUCUACUCUUCACGUUAUCAUUCAUAACGUUCAUCACAUGCGCCUUGAGUUCCCCCCUCCUCCGGAUUACAUCAUCCCAACGACGAUUUGGAACAAUGUGGUGCAACGACUUCGAUUACUAGGUCUCAAGUUCGUCUACGGUAAUGGAAACAUUGAGGAGUCCCGUUUGUACGAUUUUGAAAGGGAUCAAUCCUACUCUCAUAUCGUUAAGCACAACGAUUAUGAGAUGUCGAGUGAAAGUUAUCGAUCCUCCGAGGAGGAGGGGGUUCAGGAACUUUAUUCAAAAGCUCCCGACCCCAUCCUUGGGGAUGUCAAUCACGUUGGGGAUGAAAUGGUUCAACAAGAACUUGAUGGCUUGAUCAUGGAAAAGGGACCAGAAAUUAUCAACAAAGGUCGUGCAACAACCUCCACCGUUCUAGUUGACCAUGUGACAGAAACUUCAAACCAAUUAAACCAAUUGGACAACGAGAAUUACAUCAAAUUUGCCAUGUUGAUUUCGGUUAUCCUAUUCUCUGUUUGUUUUAUGAGAAGGUUUUGUUCGGUUUCUCGAAAUGUGAAAUUCAAUCCUGCGAGAGAUACCUCUUCAAAUCCAACAUUACAAGAUCAUGCACCUCUAAGUAGAAAACGAAGCAGAAAGUGUAGAUGA